GAUGUCCAGCAUUGACAGCAUCGACCACUCUCGCACCUGCGCUCGCGCUCUCCAUCUGUUGACCAUCGGUGCCAGUGAGUGGUGGUGCUAGUGCUGGAACUCGCGUUAGGGCUCGCACUUGCUUCAAAUCCAUCGUACAGAAGAGGAGCUACAAGCGUGGAGCCGAGGUGUACAUGCCCGGGCAGGUCGAGGGGAGUCGAAUGGCAAGGAGCUCGAUUGUGCGCAAGUUUUUGGAGGAGGCUCUGGAUUUGGGCAAGGCCGCAGGGCUGGCAUUGGUCAUAUGGCAGUCGCUCAUCUAUGUCACAGGAUCGCCCACUCCUGUGAUGGUGGUGCUCACAGGGAGCAUGGAGCCGGGUAUCAGGGCAGGCGAUGUACUCGUCGUGAGAGCUGUGGAUGAGAGGCCCGUACGAGCAGGAGACAUAGUUGUGUUCAGGCUGGAGGGUCGAGAGAUUCCCAUCGUCCAUCGAGUCGUCAGGGUUCACGAGGAUCGUUUGACGGGCGAGGUGGAGCUUCUUACCAAAGGUGAUGCCAAUCCGUAUGACGACCUGAUCAUCUACGGGCCCGACCUGGAGUGGAUCCGGCGUGAGCACCUUGUGGGCAGAGUUGUUUGCUUCGUGCCAUACCUCGGCAAGAUAACGGUGCUCCUUAGAAAUAAGUCAGCCAAGUUCAUAGCAACGGCAGCCCUGGGAUUCACGAUGCUGCUGCUUGGAUUUAGAGAAAGAUUUAACGAUCGAUGACCACGGUGACAGGCUAGACCCUAACGAAAGAGUUGUCCUGGAUUUUGGGAUUGAUCAACCGAAGAGGAUGAAUCAAACUCUUUCAACUGCGUUUCUGUAGAUGUUGGUUAAGGAGGUAGGAGAAAUUGCUCCGAGAGAUGUGAAGCUG